AUGUUCUUUCAAGCUAUCACCGUAGCACUUCUGAGUGCGAGAGCGUUGGCCGAGGACACGACCAGCCCCCUCACCUUCUCAUACAACACCUUCUUGAAUGGCACUGUCAAGACCACAUCCACAACCUACGCGAGCAAUGUGACUGCUUCAGCCAGGAUCACCGCUUCUGCUACCACCACCUCUGCCGCUGCAAGUUCCAGUUAUUCACAGGGCCAUGGAUGGGAGAGCUGGCCCCGUCAGUGGCAAGGAUGGCAAGGAUGGCCUACGUGGUGGAAUCGCCCGUCCCAGACGUCAGCAACGCCGACUUCCUCUUCCAUAGCCACGAGCAGCGUGGUAACAUCUUACGUGCCGAACCCGGCAGACCUUGCGUAUCCUGUCUUCCCUACCUACCCAGCUUCCCUGGCUAACGGCCCAGUCGCAUCUGGCUUGCCGAAUACAACGCAAUUCGCAAAAGAGGCAAUCGCUCUCAUCUUGGAUGCGAAAAAUGCCUCUGGCGCAAACUGCCAGCAGUGUAAAACGAUCAUGGUCGGUUUGCAGCAGGCCAUGCGUGUGCAGCAAGAGUUGCUUGCAGAGAUCUCCUACCCAAUCUGCAAUGGCCUAUCUGCGGUCUUACCAGUACCAAUUUGCAUUGGCCUGUUCCAGAUAGCGUCUACAGACGUUGGUGCGACGAUACCGGCCAUGAAUGUCACGGGAGACGAUGGUUCUCUGCUUUGCGCAUACAUGUUCGGCGUCUGCCCACUGCCAUCUCCUCCACCUGUCAACGCUACUGCGCUCUUCAAAGGCAAGCCGAACAAGCCAGCUGCGGCCCCAUUGAAAUCCAGCACCAAGCAGCCUCUCAAGGUCAUUCACUUCUCCGAUUACCAUCUUGACCCACGGUACGUGGUAGGGUCUGAAGCAGCUUGUAAUGGCCCACUCUGUUGCCGAGUUUUCCCGUACACGAAUACCUCUGCCAACGUGGCUCUUCCCGCCAGCCUGUUCGGCAACUACCUCUGCGACACUCCGGAAGCCCUUGCAACGUCGCUCUUCCGAGCCAUUCCCAAAGUCACUGGUUUUGCCGUGGACGACUUUGCCUUUAGCAUCUACACUGGAGAUCUCGUCAGCCAUGACAUCUGGGAAUUGACGAAGCCAUACGUCGCGCUGAACGAGCUGGAGGCCUAUCAACAGUUCUAUAAUGGCUUCGGACCAAACGUACCAGUCUAUCCUACACUCGGUAACCACGACACCUACCCUCACGCCUUCACCGCAUUCCCGGUGGACACGGGCCUGCCAGCGAACGCGUCGUACCCGCUUCAGCAGCUCUGGAACUACCAGAACGUCUCGGCAGCUUGGACAAACUAUGGAUGGCUGUCCGCUGCUGACGCCCAGUCUGUCGUCAACAGUGGCCUCGGGAUAUACCGUACGAUGACCAAGGAGGGUCUCAUCAUCAUCUCGUUAAACAGCGACGUGUGGUACUACUUCAACAUCUACAACUACAUCAAUGGCAACGUCGCGGAUUCCACGGGCAUGUUCUCCAUCCUGGUCGACUAUUUGCUUGAUGCGGAGGCCAAGAGCCAGCCUGUUUGGCUUAUCCAGCACGUAAACACUGGUGGUAGCACAAGCUUCGAGGGCCAUCCAGCACAGACUGAUCUAUGGUACCAAAUCGUAGAUCGCUUCAACAAUACAAUCAGGGGAACUUUCUUCGGCCACACACAUGCGGAUGAAUUCGGCGUUGUCUACUCCAAUAAUGCCACCGUCAAGAGCGCCCAGACGGCGGCUGCAGUCGGCUGGAUCGCUCAGUCCGUCACACCAUACACGAACCUCAACGCAGGCUUCAGGUAUUACAUGGUAGACGCCGACACCUUCGAAGUCCUCGACAGCAUGAACUACUACGCCAACAUCUCCAACGCCCACGCCUGGGUCGCCGCGGGCGACGUGGAAUGGCAGUUCGAGUACUCCGCCCGUCAAACGUACGACUACAACAAGACGUUGGCGCCUAACGAGCCGCUGUCACCAGCGUUUUGGCACAAUGUGGCGAUGGAUAUCGCUAGCAAUGCGACGACUUUUCAUACGUACACGGAUCUCCGCACGAAGCUGUUCAGACCUUAUGCGAAUGGGACGGCGUCGGCGAAGGCGAUCACGAUUUGUGGGUUGACGAGUAUGAGUGUGCCGAUCUUUGAGGCGUGUCUGGGCGUGCACGCAUCGAUUACUAGUUUUCUGUAG